AUGAAGCAACGAAGUCUUCGUGGUGGCGAUGGGAGCAGAGGAAGUCCAGAGAAGACAGAGCCAUCGACGGAACGUGUCAAAAGUGAAAGUGAGCGAGGUUCGGUGGAAAAACGAUUUGCAUACAAUUUACUGGAAAAAUUAAUUCAAUAUCUGGAGCAAGCUUCUACGAAAAUGAAAACGAUCAAGCCAAGUCAGGAAUUGACUCGUCGAAAUAGCUUCAAAAAAGAGGGCCAGGAUGUAAAGUUUUUCGAGAAGGUAAGUAUUUGUGGGCCUUUUUUGCAGUUUAGUUUAUCCAUGUUUGCUUAUAGAAAUGCCGUGCUAUUUUGUUUUGCAUAUAUUGACAAUUGUACUUCCGGUUGAAC